AUGUUCGCCGCUUCUCGUAUCCAGCGCCGUGCUUUCUCGGCCACCGCCCGUGACCUCUCCAAGGUCACCGUUCUCGGUGCUGCCGGCGGCAUUGGCCAGCCACUCUCUCUUCUCCUCAAGAUGAACCCCCGCGUCACUGACCUCGCUCUCUACGAUAUCCGUGGCGGACCCGGUGUUGCUGCUGACAUCUCCCACGUCAACACCAAGUCCACCGUCAAGGGCUACGAGCCCAACGCUGCCGGUCUCAAGGAGGCUCUCUCCGGUGCCGAGGUUGUCCUCAUCCCCGCUGGUGUUCCCCGCAAGCCCGGUAUGACCCGUGACGAUCUCUUCAACACCAACGCCUCCAUCGUCCGCGACCUCGCCAAGGCCGCCGCUCAGGCUGCUCCCAAGGCCAAGCUCCUGAUCAUCUCCAACCCCGUCAACUCUACCGUCCCCAUCGUCAAGGAGGUUUUCAAGGCUGAGGGUGUCUACAACCCCAAGACCCUCUUCGGUGUCACCACCCUCGAUGUUGUCCGUGCCUCCCGAUUCGUUUCCGAGAUCAAGGGCACCGACCCCAAGGACGAGAACAUCACCGUUGUCGGUGGCCACUCCGGUGUCACCAUCGUCCCUCUCUUCUCCCAGUCCAACCACCCCGACCUCUCUUCCAACGCUGAGCUCGUCAAGCGUGUCCAGUUCGGUGGUGAUGAGGUUGUCAAGGCUAAGGACGGUGCUGGCUCUGCCACUCUUUCCAUGGCUAUGGCUGGUGCCCGCAUGGCUGACUCCAUCCUCCGCGCUGUCCAGGGCGAGAAGGGUGUCAUUGAGCCCUCUUUCGUCGAGUCUCCUCUCUACAAGGACCAGGGUAUCGAGUUCUUCAGCUCCAAGGUUGAGCUCGGCCCCGAGGGUGUUGAGAAGAUUCACCCUCUCGGCAAGCUCGAUGCCAACGAGGAGAAGCUCGUUGAUGCUGCUCUUGUUGACCUCAAGAAGAACAUCGAGAAGGGCGUUGCCUUCGUUGCCUCCAACCCUCCCAAAUAA